AUGUUGAACCCGGAAGCCCUGGCCGCGCCGCCGGCGGCUGGGGGCUCCGCCGCCAGCCAGCCCCCCCUUGUGGAGGACUUGUCCCCAAAUGGCACUUCUCAGAGGCAGCAGCUGGGCUCGAGAAGUGCAGAGUCGAACAAAGAAAGCGCGAGCCCCCCGGCCGCAGAGCCCGCGAAGCAGCGCAAGCGGUUCGCGCGCAUGAAGCAGAAAGGAUCGGAAAUGUUGGACGCAGCUUUCGCGCGCCACGGAAUGAUUGUGUACGACCACGCGUGGAAGUUCAUAGUGGGGUUUGGAAUUCUGAGUGCGGCGAUGGCCCUGGGGAUCUUCUUCCGCAAAAACGAAUACGACAUGUUCAAGUUGUACAGCUACCCGGGGGCCCCCAGCCACAACGUGCGCCAGCUCCUGGAGUCCACCUUCAAGCCCCAGCGCUUCAACUACUUCUUUGUGUCCCGAAACGACAACAUUUUGACGAAGGAGGGCAUGCAGCAGGUGAGCAGCCUCGUGGACGCGGUCAAGAGGCUCACUGUGAACCGCGACGACGUGGUGACAGACGAAUACGGAAACGAACUCGACUCCAACGUCCAGUCCCCCGAAGACCUCCCCCCUGUGCUCACUUACGAAGAUCUCUGUGUCCGAGACUCCUGGGAUGACUGCAGCGUGCUUUCCGUCUUGGAGUUGUACUCGUCGGAGCGGCAGUGGGGGCGGCCGAUCACGACCAGCGAGUGGCCGCUCGCGGUGAACAUACACUCCAGAAAGGCUUUCCACCUCGAGUCGCUUCUCGGGGACAUGCGCAUUUCCGUAGUAGAUGGCGGGGACCACCAGAUCCACAGAGUUACUGGUGCGGCGGCCUGCUUGCUGCGCUUCGACUUGCAAGGCGACGCCGCAGUGGCUCCGUACUCUGCUGCCUUGGAGCGCAAAAUAGAAGAAGUUGCAAAGUCUUUUGCUGUAGAGGGUUUCACACUCACUUACAAACUCGAAAGGUCCAUUGCAGACGAGCUCAUGCGCUCCUCCUCCAUGGGCCCCGCGGAAACUGUGGCGCUGGUGCUGGCCACGCUGACAGUGUUGACUUACACAGUAGUAGUGAACACCACCACGAACUACAGAACGAAAACGCUGCCUGCCAUUGUUUCGGUUGCUUCCACGCUGCUGGGCUACGCGGGGGGCGCGGGCUUCAUCUACUUCUGCGGAGUUGAACACACGCCGCCUGCAGACGCGACGCCUUUCCUGGUGCUGGGCAUUGGUGUGGACAAUGCUUUUGUGCUUUUGAACUCUUAUUGCCUCACUUUUCUGCACGACACGCCGCGGCAAAGGAUCAUCAGCACUGCGCGCGACGCGGGGGUGUCCAUCACGAUCACCACCAUGACCAGCGUGGCGGCGCUCAUCAUUGGCGCCGUCUGCCCCUUCUUCAGCAUCAGCAAGUUCUCAAUUGUUACGGCCUUUUGCUUGGCCUGGUCCUACGUCCUCGCCCAGACGAUCUUCCUCGGCUGCCUCUCCCUGGACGCCAGGAGGGAAGCUUACUACACCCGCAAGGCGAAAGAGGCGGCCCUGGCUGCCCAGAAGGAGUACCGUUCCCAGUCCGCCAUGGAGCGCCUGCCUUCCCCUUCAAACAGAUCCGUCAAAUCCCCCCAAAGCCUCGAAAGCAACAGGGGCUCCGACUCCCUGGGGAGCCCCCUGAGCUUCCAAGGACGCUCAGGCACGGAAGGCAAGAGAACACCUUAUGAAAUACGCGACGCGCCAGUUGAACAGAUACAAGUGGCCUCGGCCCCACAGGAAACCCCCGUUUCUGCACCCCCGCAGCAGAUUUCCUCCUCCUCGGCUGUGGGGCCCGAGGGCCACUCUGUAGACAUGCAGGGCUGCAGCGCCCAUGACCCCCGGGAAACCGAACUGCUCGUGGCUCUGAAGAAACUCUCGACUUACGAGCUGGCCUCCCUCAUGACCUUCCGCAUGCAGCACAUUUGGCAGCGCCACCGCGAGAUCGUGGCCAAGUACUUCCAGUCCACAGCUGCGCGCUUCGAACAGAGGGAGGGCACCGGCGGCGGCUGCGGCUUCUCAACUCUCUUCGGCCUUCUCCGCAAAGGCUCCAAGACGGAGCCCAAGGACCAGGCAGAGCAAAGCGCUGCUGCGCAGCCGCCAGUCAGAGGCGACUCUCUCGAGGCCGGAACACUGCAGGAGGAUCAGGCCAGCGCGAAGGCAGUGCAGCCAGAAGAGGCGGACAGAUCUGUAGCUGGAGAGCCGGUAGCAGCAGACGAGGCCCUUCUGAGGAAAGAGGAGUCCGAGGCUGCGUCGGAGGCGCUGCAGCUGCAGGAGGAUGCGGAGGACUCUGGUCCUCGCGCCGUGCGUAUGCGCAUGGGAAAGCCAGCUGAUGGAUACAUGUUGAUGGAGGAAAAGGAGUUUUUGGUUGUGCUCGACAGGUACAUUAACGAGCCGAAAGGAAAUGUAGGCAAGAUCUACAGAAGGAUUCUCGGGAAGUACUACUGCAGGCUGAUGGGGAAUAGAUGGGUGCGGCGGCUUGUGUUUGUUGGCUUUGCUGCUCUUGUUGGCAUCGCCAUCUACGGAGUGACACAAAUGGAAACCGGCAUCACUGCAGACGAGAUCACACCGACCGACUCCCACCUUAUUCCGUUUUUCGCAGAUCGCGCCAAGUACUUCAGCUCUCUUGGAGAGGAGGUGACAGUCUUCUUUCCCAAGAGGGAAAGCUGGGCCGAUAAGGAAGUCAAGGAACGCAUCAUGACAGUCAACAAGGAACUCAUGGCCUCUGGCCAUGCUCUUGCCCUCUACAACGGGAUGGCCAGGUUCCUCGAGGAGAAGAACGCUUCCUUACAAGAUGGAAACGAAAGGGAAUUCUAUGACGCGCUAUACACAUGGCUUCAGGAAGACCCUGUUGGCCGUCAGUUCCGCACUUCCUUUCUGUGGGACACCCGGCCGCCGGGUUCUCCCGGGCCUCGCCUCGCUGCGUGGAAGUUCACAUUUUGGUUGCCUCAUUCUCUCGACGCCGAUCUGCUGCUGGAUUGGUUCAAACACACUCAGAAACUGAUCCGCGACUCUGCAGAGUACUUCGAGUGCCACGCCUUCACGCCGCUGGCCCUGCUUUGGGAAAGUGACCCGUUCACAGUCAAGAGCACAGUUAACAGUCUUCUGUCAGCCCUUCUUGCUAUCAUCUUUAUGACGGUGCUGCUGAUUCCUGAUCUGCUGUCCGUGCUGAUCGUGGCAUUCACAGUGCUGCUUGUUGAUUUAUGCCUCUUCGGCUUCAUGACCUUGUGGGGUCUGCGCCUGAACCUCAUCACUAUGGUGAACUUACUGCUGGCCAUUGGUUACUCAGUGGACAGCACUCUGUUCCUGCUGCAUGCCUUCACCCACGGCUGCGGAGCCACGCGGGAGGCGCGCAUGACGGAAGGCAUGUUGAUGAUGGGCUGCCCAGUGGCCAACGGCAUGCUCAGUACUUUGCUGGCCGUUUUCUACCUCGUGGGUACCACCAAGUUCGUGCUGAUUGCCUUCUUCAGGAUGAUGGUUCUGGUUCUCGUGUUGUCUUUUGGGUUUGGUAUGAUCCUGCUUCCCGCCGUGUUGUGCAUUAUUGGUCCACUGCCCCCUAACCCGCCCGUUGUGUCCUACAGCGCGGCGAAGCCCGUGGAGGGCACGGCAACAAUCCCCCCACAGAAAGCGAGUGCUGCGCUGGCCAUCGAAGGGGAAAGCAGCCCCGUGGUUGGCGGAUCUGCAGCUGCUUAUGAAUCCCCGGUCCUCAAGAAAGUCGACUAA